AUACAGUCUCUCUUUCACCUGGAUCGGUUUCCAGAUAGGUCCCGUUGCCGACGGUAAAGGUGCAUGCAAGUCACACGUCUGCUGGUCGAUCCGCCUUUAUCCGCUACUCUCCAUUCGCCGUCUUGCGUCCCAUACUUCUUCCCCUCACUCCCCCUCCGGCUCUCCGACAUAGACAAGAAAGAAAGCCUUCGCGAACAAUCGCAAUGGAGCCACAGCCUGAUCCAACUCAGACCAUCAGUGCGGACGAGAUAGCUCUUUACGAUCGCCAGAUCCGCCUCUGGGGAGUUAAAGCACAAGAAAAGCUACGAUCCGCAAAUAUCCUCCUCAUCACCUUCAAGUCGCUGGCGAACGAAGUUGCGAAGAAUCUGGUAUUGGCAGGCAUUGGCUCCUUGACCAUCGUUGAUCAUGAGGUGGUGACAGAAGAGGACUUGGGCGCGCAAUUCUUUAUAAAUGAAGAACACCUGGGUCAAAACCGUGCGCAAGCGGCAGCGCCCUCUGUCCGCGCCAUGAACCCGCGCGUCCAGCUUCACAUUGACACAGAAGACAUCCACCUCAAACAGCCCGACUUCUUCGCCCAAUUUGACAUUACCAUCGCAACCGAGCUUGACUUCCCUACAUACACCACCAUAAAUGCGGCCUGUCGCAUCGCAAACCGCCCCUUCUAUGCCGCCGGGCUGCACGGAUUCUACGGCUUCGUCUUCGCCGAUCUGAUCUCGCACGAUUUCGUCAUUGAGCGGACGAAGUCCAACGUCCAAUCCGCCACGCAGGAAACCCCGACCCGCAGCAUCCUGAAUAUCACCACAAAGAAAGAGAACGAGAAAGUCAUUGAAAUGGUGACCAAGCGCGAGGUGUACUCUCCGCUGAUCCUCGCAAACACUUCGCCACUUCCGGAGGAGUUCACCCGAAUCGCACGCAAGCGCAAACAAGUGACACCCCUUCUCACCUGCCUCCGCGCAUUAUGGGAAUACCAGAAAUCAUCCGCCGGCGCCCUGCCCACAUUCUCCCACCAAGACCUGGAACUCUUCACGAAGCACGCCCGCGACUGUCACCAAGAACUCAAGCUCGACAUCACCACCUUGGAUGCCGGGUUUCUGCGCACUUUCCUACAAAAUCUGGGAAGUGAACUGAGCCCUGUAGCCGCAUUUGUAGGCGGCCAUCUCGCCCAGGACGUGAUCAACGUCUUGAGCGCACGAGAACAUCCCCUCCAGAACAUGCUUCUCUUCGAUGGAGAACGCUCCGCCGCUCCCAUCUACCCCUUACAUCCAUUCUUCCCCCCGGAAGUCGAGAGUGCCAUUCCACCCGUGGUUCCAGUUGUCCAAGCCAUCCCGUCAGAUGGCGAGCCAGCCCCGGCACCUUUAAUGCCCUAAGACGUAGACGGCAGUUGAGAAUGGCCAGCAUUUUCUCGAUGAAGAGUAUUUCAUCUCGCCCUUUCCUCCUAUUUCCCUUCUUUCUUUUCUUCCUUUUUGCAUAUCGGUAUCCCCUGCUUGAUUGGGGACCCGCUUACGACGUGUACGAUAGAUCUGAUAACACGAUUUCGACAUCUUCCGGGGGUUUACUCAAAAAUAAAGCCAUCUAGACUUUUUUUCUU